AUGACAGUCUCAGCAGCUACUACCGCUCCUCAAGCGUCUGGCUCGUCGGCGAAUCCUACAGCGAAACCCGUGGUGAAACUGCAGGAGAUGGACCCGGCUGUGCUCGAAUUUGCGAUUUCCAAGGCGGUUUAUGCACAGGAGCAUUUCAUGAAGCAAUCGGAGAUCGCGCAUUUUCUGAAGGCCGAGAUGGAGGCGAACAAUGCUGGGGAAGGCGGGCAUGGAACUUGGCAUGUUAUCGUUGCUGAGGUGAUAAUAACAAUGACGGAGGGAAAUCGUGCGAGAAAUGAUGAGGACGCAAGGAGGGGGGAAGGAGGCGAGGCUGUUGAUAAUAACGAUGAUGACGAUUGGUAUGAAGUGGAAGAGGACGGCAAUGAGAGCGAAUUUAGCGAUGCGGAAUCAGAUAAUGAGGAUAAUGAGCCGUCUAAAAGCGAUAAUCUCGCAGUGAAUGAACCCGUUGGUGAUCAUGAGGGAAUGGCAAACGAGCGAGACUAUAAGAAAGCGCACGAGUUGGAUAGAACGAAGAUAGAAGAGAUUGAAUGUCAGAGUUGCUUUCACCGACAAAAGCCUGCUGGGAAUUGCGAGGAGUGUGGUAUUCGAUUUGCUGAAUAUUAUUGUGAGAAGUGUAGAUUUUGGGAUGAUAAAGGAGUGGAAAAAGGAGCUUUCCAUUGUGAUGGUUGUGGCAUUUGCCGGGUAGGCGGCCGAGAUAACUAUAAGCAUUGCUAUGGAUGUGCAGCGUGCUAUCCCCCGGAAGUGUUCGAGAAUCAUCAUUGUCUAUCGGCCGAGACUAUGAAGAAUGUGUGCCCAGUGUGUCAAGCCAGCCUAUUUGAAUCUACUAUACCGGCGGUGGUACUUCGAUGCGGCCAUGGUAUUCAUUCGACAUGUCUGAGAGAGCUGCAGAGGAAUGCUCCAACAAUCAUUCAAGCGAUGAGGUGCCCGCUGUGUAACAGGUCGACACAGGAGGACAUGACUCCUAUAUGGAAUGCAAUUGAUCAGGAGAUCGCCCGAGUUAGAAUGCCGAAAGAGUAUCGAACAACAUUUGUGAAGAUACACUGCAACGAUUGCGAAUCAAUAACUGAGAAAGUACCCUUUCAUAUAGUAGGGAUGAAGUGUGGACAUUGUGGUGGGUUUAACACUCAAGAAGAAGACCGAUUCAUUGACGAAGCUCCGGAAGAUGAUGACCAUGAUGAGGAGAAUGAACAAAACGAAGAACAGCACUAA